AGGAUGGAUGUUAAAGACAUAAAGGUUUACCUUCCGGAUACGAUGAACAUCCUUCCUUCAAAUAUCAUACAAACAAUGCUGACUCUUCUGCCAAUGCGAGAUGCAUUCAGGACAAGUAUUCUGUCUCGGAACUGGAGGCAUCACUGUGUAAACAUUCCCAAACUCCAGUUUGACGAUGAAAUGUUUAAAGGAUCGAAUUGUAAUAACUUAUCCGUCACAUGUAAACUCACACAUGUUAUCUACCCAAUCCUGUUACUACACCGCGGUCCAAUACUCGACUUCUCCCUCUGCAUCUCCGAAUUAAGUAGUUGUUAUCAGAUUGAUCAGAUAAUAUCUUACCUAUCUAAGAAGUCUACAGUCAAGCAAUUUACACUUUGCUUUCGGGUUGGUGACAACCACAAGUUACCCUCGUCGUUCUUUAUGCUGCAGCAGUUAACGUGUCUAAAGCUCCAAAAUUGUGCAUUUCAACCGCCAUCAACCUUUUGCGGAUUUAGUAGGCUGACGAGCUUAUACUUUCACAAUGUCAGCAUAACUUGUAAAGUUCUUCUACGCUUUAUCGUCAAUUGCCCAUUACUUACGAGCUUCACUCUGAUUGGAGAUGAAAAACAUCUUCUGGGAUGUUGGAAUUCUGGCUUUGUUGAGCUAUUUGAGUGUUUACCGUUGAUMGAAUAUCUGUAUAUGAGUUCCUAUCCUGUUCAGUGCUUUGCUACAGGUGAUAUGCCACAAAAGCUUCCGACUUUGCUAGACCGCUUGAGAGUUCUUAAUUUAUCUAGACUGUGCUUUGCGAGAGAAGUUCAGUUACGUUCUGCUCUUCUUUUGGUUACGAGCUCCCCAAAUAUACAGAAAAUUAUAAUGAAGAUGUACUAUAACCAAAAAGAAGCUGUGUCACAAACUGCCAUGAACCUGCUUGACCUGCAAGACUACUCGAACGUUAACUUGGAUCAUCUCCGUGAAUUGGAGAUAACAAACAUGUCCAGCGUGAAGCCGGAAUUGGACUUUGUGAAGCUUAUCUUAGCAAAGUCACCGAUGCUACAGAAAGUCGGAAUAGUGCUCGACAACCAGGUUGCUGUUGCUAGCGAAGUUAAGAUGCUAAGAGACUUGCUACAGUUUCAACGAGCAUCAACCAAAGCAGAAAUCGUAUUUACGCGUCCAUAACUUUCUGGUUCAUCUUCGUUAGACUUGCAGUGACCUUGUCUUUUUGAUGUUUUUUUGGGUUGUUUCUGUUAUAAACCAAACC